UACUUGCAACGCCGUAGCUGUCUGAUCCAUCAUGGCGUCUUCAGAUUCUCAACCCCGUUUUGGCCAGUCCGUUAAAGGCCUUUUAUCCGAUAAAGUGGGGUCUUGCAGUGGAGAUGUCAUCGCCCUCACUCGUCAGGUUUUGAAGGGAUCACGCAGUCAAGAGCUUCUCAGCCAAGCGGCAAGAAAUAUGGUGAUUCAAGAGGAUGCAAUUCUCCAUUCGGAAGAUAGUCUUAGAAAGAUGUCCAUCAUAACCACACACCUACAGUACCAACAGGAGGCCAUUCAGAAAAAUGUGGAAAACUCAAGAAAUCUCCAGGACCAACUCAAACACUUAUUAAAAUGAAGGAAAUGUCUUUCACACUGUUUGGAAUGUCCGAUUCAGCUACUGUAUGAGAAUUACAUGUGUUGCUGCACACAUCCUUUUGCACUGCAGGCCAGCCGAUACUUACACUUGUGUUUUGACAACAAUGAUGGCUUUGUAUUUGUUUACACUCUGAGACAUUGAGAUGUAUGCAGUUUGCCUUGUCAGAUCAUAUGCCCAGUUAGCUUUGUUUGCGCUGCAUUUAUGUAUUGUAUUCAUGUGUCACGUUACAGACUGAUUUGAUUUUUACAGAGAUAGCACAAGCCCUUUCCCUGAAAAGUAAUUGCAGGUACUUUCUUGCCAUUUGAUUGGUAUUUGUCAUUAUCAUUAACGCCAAAUGUUUACAUAAUUCAGUCAUGACUUGAAUUUCUAGGGUGUAAAUAUGCUAUUGUUUCCCAAUUAUAUAUGAUGAGUAACAUCUGGGUUUUCCCACAAUAAUAUUUAUUUUAGCAUUUGCCUUGUAAAGUGUUAAUUUACGUACAUUUCAGCCAGUUAUUGACAGAUGCAAUUGUCAGUACUGUGUUUUACUAGAAAUAAGGUUUGAAACCUGGAAUAAAAUGAAAUAUGUUGUUGUUGUAUUGAUAUGCAUGAUAUUUGCUUUGAUGAUAUAAAGAUGUCAUAUCUA